AUGGACUCUUCGCGCGACAGUCUCCUGCGGACGGUGGCGCACGAGCUCCGCCUCAAUGGUCAAAUCGCGGGCGCCGUGGAGCGGACUUUGGCGCACGGGCGCCACAGCGACGCCCUCGUGCGCCACCAACUCAAAACAGAGAUGCGACGCAGAGAAUACAACCCACACCAGGUCCCUUCUCGCAUCCCCAGCUGGGAGACCAGACCCUACAUGAAAAACCUGGCCCAUGAAGACAGAUUCAGUGACCUUGACAUACCAAGAAAAGCAUCCAAAAAGCAAGAGUCACACUUGGACCAAAUAUUCCACAUCAGUGAUGAACUGCCAGCUCAUUUACAACAAGAGCAAAAGCAUGACUACUUGUGGACUCAUUCAGAAGAUGACUGGUUGAGAGGAGGCAGUAAAUUCCCACAAGUGGCUCCAUCUGGGAGUGAAACCACAAUUCCUAACCUCAUUGGAGACACUGAAGACUACACUGCAGUCACAAGGCAAAAGUCUACAGCAUCUGACACAAGGAAGGAAAACUUGGAGCCUACAGAAGCUUCCAUGGACCCUCAAGACAUGGUGCUCUUUUUGGAGCUCAAGAAACGCAAUGAGCAAUUGGAGAGUUUCCUCAAGGGAACCAAAAUGGCAAUUGAAGGAAGGCGAUCACAGGAAAAGCUGCUGGAGAACUUGGCCAAACUGCUCAGCAACAACAAAGGUUGCAGCAGCAGGAGUCCAAGUGCUCACAAUCAUCAGUACUGUUGUGAUGGUGCCAUGAGCCCUGGUGACCCUGUAACUGUGCCACUCAAUGCCAGUGUGUGUCCUAUGGCUUGCAGGACACAGCCUGGCAAGUACCAUGUCAUGGUACUUGGAAACCCCAGUCCCUGUACAAGUCCUUCUCAACCAGCACCUCCACCUGUUCAUGGAGCUCACCUUCAAGCUGAGCCCACAUGCUCCCACAUUCGAGUUUUCAUGAAGGAAGAGGGUUCACAGACUGAGAACCUGUUGCACAUGUCACAUUUCAUGGGGAAUGAUGGCAAUGCUACAAAGAGAAUGGAGAUCAGGUUCUCCUCAGAAGUACGAUCAGUGGGUUCAGUCAUGCCGCAACCUUCGUACCGCGUGUGCAAAUGCUCAGUCGCCUACUGGUCAACCUCAAAUUCCGCCACCACCGUCACUGAGCACGUGGCAAAGCGGAAGACCAGGUCAAAGCCUCGUUUGACCUGCGCAGCGACCAUUUCACUCGUCUCGACCGAUGAGGGUCAAGUUCACACCAGGGUCAAGGAUGACAAAAGUCGGGUGAAUCAUUCGCCUCAUUCACCCGAGCCAAAAGCUGAACACCUGUCACACCACAGAGUGCAGAGAGUGGAGGCGAUAACAGCUGACCUGAAGCGGGCUUGCAAGGCAGCCAGAAAGUCUGAACAUCACCAUGUCCGCAUCUCGAGUCACUCCCUGGACACUGUCCACACCAAGGACACUUAUGUUUUAUCUAAAACCAAAGAACCCCUGGUUAUAGUUUCUUCAGGGGAUCAAUCAAAAGUGGAGACUGGACAAAAGCAUGGUGAUGAUGAUGAUGAUCUGAGAACCAAGAGCAUCACAAAAAUAAUCCAUAGUCCCAAGGAAGACUUGGAGAAGAGAGCCUCGUCCACGUGCAAAAUAUCUCAGGGACACAUUUCAAGGAAAUCCUCGGGAUCCGUCGGCCGGAAAAAAACAACGCCGUCGUCAGACACGGAGAAACGCGACUCGACGGCACAAGUGAAAGAGGCCAUGAAGGCGGCUCUCGACGCCAUUUGCGCCGACUCCAGAAGCGUCGACAAAACACUGGUCCAGCCAGGAAUUCUUUCUCCUACUUCAUCAUCAUCAUCAUCACCUCAUUCCGCACGCAUUCAAGAAACACCUCAGGAUGGGAACGGAAGAAGAAGAAGCAGCAAGAGCUCGUCAAAAAGCAGCGAAAAUUCGUCAAAGAAAGCUGCGAUCAGACCGAGACGAGGGGAAAAGGGCGGCAAAACUUUCGGCAUUCAUCGAAAGGAAUCUUCAAGCAACGGGUCUCACCAGGAAGACACAUGCCCCAACAUGACCCCCAGUGUUUCCAACUCGCUCGACACUCCAAGCACCGUCGACACAGCCUGUCUAGGACACCUCGGCCUCAUCGCAAAAUCGUCGCUGUCAAUCACGAUGUCGAAAAAAGACAAAAACAACAAAAUCCGCCACGGGCUCAAAAAUAAAAGCAACAACUCGUCCUCCAGCAGCUUUUCACAAGCCGAUUCGAAGCCGAGUGUGAAAAUCCGGUCCGCAGUCACAGAACACGGCGAUGAUAAAACCGAUCCCUUCACUUCCGAUUACGAAAUCACGCCCGCCGUCGCACUGAUGGUCAAUGAGAUUUUGCGCAAAACGCAGGGGAAGUAAUUGAAUAAUUGACCACGCCCCGAGGGGAGGGAAACUGCCUGGACCGAGUUGCUGACGGAUUCACGCCCCAAUUCGAAUUGAAAGAAGAAAAUAUGCGUGAAAAAACACAUACAUUUUUUCCUACUGUUUUUUGUUGUUGUUGUCAUGAUCAGAUUCACUUCGACACUCACCUCAGUUCCGGUUUCCAUUCCGCGGCAAUUCCGUCCACGACCUUUUCUUCGCUCUCUCGAAAAUUUUGAAGCCCUGCAAAAUGGAAGUGAGAUAAUUAAAGCAAUAAUUCUUUCUCA